AUGGACCCUUCUCACGUCGAAACGCACAAGGGAGAGUUUGAGAUGUUCUCCAACGACUACUAUACGGAACAGUUUGACGGAUUCAUGUUCUCCAACGAUCCCCAGAACCUGCCGUUUGACAAUCUGAACAUUUCAAACCAAUAUUACCCAGCGACCAUUGCGCCCUCUGCGCUCACCUCGUCCCCGCACGAGUUUAGACGCUCCGACUCUCCAGACGCCACGAUUGUCGGACCCCGGAACGCGAUCCCGGCAGGAGGUGUGCCCGUUGCAAAUGCAGGAACUCCGCUCGCAGCCCCUGCUGGCUCGUACCCAGUGCACCCGCUCGUCCAUGCUCUUGCUGCCGCUGCGGGCGAGUCGAGCUCAAGUCCAAGCUCCUGCGAUCUCCAGACGGUUCCCAUCCCGUCCUCUGCCAUGCUCAACGGUCAUGUCGCUCUCCCGAUGCACCACCUCAAUCACUCGACGUCCUCCCUCUCGUCUGUCGGGGCCGACGUCGGCGGCCGCCCUCGUUCGUCGCGCAACUCGCCACCUUCAUCGUCCCGCGAUUCUCCUCGUACCCGCGCUCGCACACCCGCUAUCCCUGGCUCUCCACCAAAGCGCAACGGUGGCACGCUCGUCCAUCGUCAUAAUCGAAGUACCAGCAGUGCAUCCACCCGCCCAGCUCGCAGGGGUUCCGUUCGCAAGCCAAAGGAGGAGGAUGAUUUCAGCGACUUUGAGGAAGAUGACGAUUUCGCGCCUCAUGCUGCUAGCGAUGGCAAGCCCGAGCGCCGCAGGGAGGAUAUUCGCAAGCAGCGCAUUGAAUCGGAGCAGCGCCGUCGUGAUGAAUUGAGGGAGGGCUACAACCGCCUCAAGCAAGCCCUUCCCCCUUCGAAUCAAAAGUCGUCAAAGGCGUCCAUCCUCGAACGCGCCACGGUCUGCAUCACCGAGCUCAACGCGAGGACGACCAACCUCUCUGCCCGCUGUGAGGAACUCGAAAACGAACUGCGCCGCGUCCGUGUCCUCAACGAGACGCUCAUGCUCAGCGCUGCCGAGCACCGAUUUGCCGCCACUCAGGCCCACAAUCUGCCAGGUCCCAACCAGGCUCACUACUGA